AUGAGACACACUGCCUAUGCAUUCAUGUGGCUUGCGCUGGCUGCUUCCGUCGCAUGCAGCGUAAUCAAGCUUGUGCCGUCGAAUGCUGUGCAUCUAAAAGGCAGGCCUUUGGCAACAUACUUCUCGGCUGUCAAGGUAGUUCCUGUGCCAGGCAACACAUUGCUCCAGACUGCAUUGACCGGUGUACAGCCUACAUCGAGCACAGUGGCUGUUGUCAGUGGCAUUCCACGCCCUGCAUCUCCAGUGGCAGUGGCAGUCAAUCAGAUGCCGCUGGGUGUUUCUAAUGCACAAACAGCCACUUCCAGCACACAGAGCCACGCUGUUCAAUCUCCCGCCUUGCACAUAAAUGCACAGCCUGUAGCAGUAGCACAGCAUGUGAUAGCAACGCAGCCAGUGCAACGCAUCCAACCAGCAGCAAUGAUCCGACCAUCGAAUGCACCUGCACUGGUUGCUCUGCCAUCUGUACAACACAUGCAGCCUGUAUCAGUAGCACAGCCUGUAGUAGUAACACAGCCUUCUCAUAAAUCGCAACAACCCAUUCUGCAGCUUGCUGUUCGGCCACAUGCACAACCACAGACGGCAUACACUGCACAUGCUGGCCAGAAUGCCAGGAUGCUUAUGGGUCCGAUCAGAGUGGCCGUCGACCCUAUUUCGCUAGUUCCCGUGGUGAAUGCAUUCGAUAUGGUCAAGGCGAUAAGCAGAAGCAUUGAUGCAAUCUGCAGCAUGCUCAAGACAAUCAGCACUAGAAGGCCACAAUUGAGCACACAACCACAAUACUUGGCAUCGAUUGCGCCAAGCACUACAUAUGCACAGCCUGCAAUCAUAACUGUGACAAAAACAAUCUCGUUGGUUCCUGCACAGCCCCAAACACUCGUGCCUGCAUAUACAGCUUCCGUAGUACAGCCAUCUACCGUUGUCAGAUAUGUUGCACAGCCUGCAAGCAUUGAGCCAAAGGUACUGCAGGGAUGGAUCACACACAAGGCAGUCUGCAACAUUGCAGUUGCAAGGUGCAUUCUUGAGAGCGGAAAGCACACAGACGAGCAGAACGGCGGCCAAGCAGAUGAUGCAACGCAGCAGUACACAGCAAAGCCCGAUGCACAAAAAGGAAUCAGUCAAGACGUUGCAAAUGCUGAAACAAGCGUUCCGAAAAACACUCAAGACAAUGUGAGCAAUCCAAAUGAACAGAACAAUGAGGAAUCAUCGGAUUCUUCCUCUAUGUCGUCCUCAGAAUCAUCAGAUAUGUGUUUGGACGACUGCACACAGGCAAAGCCAAAGCCUCCGUAUGUUUUAAAAGGCAGUGAGGAUGGUCAGGCAGAUGAUCAGGGCCAAUACGAGCAAUCUCCAAGCAUAAGCAGUGCACUUUCAUACAACAACAUGGACACUGGCGAAGAGCAGGACCAGAUUGUCUAUCUAAGCGAUCUAAUCUAA